AUGGAUAAAAAUAAUGCAGCAAAAUCAAUUUCGGCUUUUUACGCUGGACUAAGUAUACUUUUGACAGGUGUAACAAGUUUUUUGGGCAAAAUAUAUUUCGAAAAGCUACUGCGAUCUUGUCCGGAUUUAUACGAUAAAUUACGACAGGAGCAGUCUUCAAAUUUUAAGAAAUUAAUUCCAAUUUCUGGCGAUACCAGUCAAGAAAAUUUAGGUUUAUCAGCUGUCGAUAGACAAAUGCUGAUUAAAAGAGUAAAUAUAAUAAUUCAUGCGGCCGCAUCCGUGAUAUUUAACGAUAUCUUAAAAUACGCCAUUCUUACUAAUACCAGAUCAAUGAGAGAUAUAUGUAUCUUAGCCGAAU